AGCAGUGGCACGAGGCCGAGCGCAAGUGCUCGGAGGUGCUUCUGGACAUCGACGGCGCCUGCGUCAAGGCGCUCUUCCGGCGCGGCCAGUGUCAAGUGCAGCUGGGCAACUUGGAAGAUGCUAAGAAGGACUUGCUGAAAGCCCGCGAUCUUGAGAAUUCCAUCGCGGAUGAAGUGGAGAAGGAAUUGGUGAAGCUUAGGAGGCAACAAAAGGUCUUGGACCAAAAAGACCGCAGUUGGGCACAAAAGGCUUUGCAGAAAGGUCUGGCAGACGAGCGGAGUGCGCAGAGCGCGCAGGUGCUUUCGCAGGCCCAGCCGGAGGAAUGUCGAGACAAGGAGCCGCAACAAAUGGCCAGGAAGUCAG